CGGAAUUGUUAGUGGAAAAUCACAUGCUUCAUUUGUUUCAACUUUGGUUGCUAUCUUGAGUUACACUUAUAAUCACUGCUUUCUUUCAUGUUUUGAUAUUUCUUGUUCUUUUGAAUCAUUCUAUAGUUUCAAUCUUCUUUGUACUUUAAGUAGCUCUUACAAAUAAAUACCUUGGUUUUCUUAUAUGGAGUAUACAAUCAGAAAAUUUUGGAUAUAAUGAGCUUUACCAAGAGAAAACCAAAUGAAAGUAUGAGGCUUAUUGUGAUAUUUUUCUUUGGAGGAUUUCUUGGCUUAUUUAUAGGACUAUCACUCCCAACAUUGCCAACAUCAAAGUUGAAUCUCCCAUCUAGUUUGCUUCCAUCAAUUGAUUUAUCAUGCAUUCGCGGUAGCGAUGCUUGGUCGACUUUCAUGAAGAAUGAUGACAGCACUUCUUCACAAGAUCAGUUACUAAAUAACCCAUCUAAGAUUUGGGUUCCAGAUAAUCCUAGAGGUGCAGAAAGAUUACCUCCUGGGAUUGUUAAUGCUCAAUCAGACUUCUACUUGCGCAGAUUAUGGGGUCUUCCCGAUGAGGAUUUAACCUCUAAGCCAAAGUAUCUUGUGACCUUCACCGUUGGAUAUCAGCAGAAAAAGAAUAUCAAUGCAGCUGUGAAAAAGUUUUCAAAGGACUUCACAAUUCUACUAUUUCAUUACGAUGGUCGAACAACUGAAUGGGACGAAUUUGAGUGGUCAAAACAGGCUAUUCAUGUGAGUGUUCCCAAACAAACCAAGUGGUGGUAUGCUAAGAGGUUUCUGCAUCCAGACAUUGUGGCAUCAUAUGAGUAUAUUUUCAUGUGGGAUGAAGACCUAGGGGUUGAGCAUUUUAAUGCAGAAGAAUACAUAAAACUGGUGAAAAAGCAUGGCUUGGAGAUUUCACAGCCAGCUUUAGAACCUCAAAAAGGGUUGAUUUGGAACAUGACAAAGAGAAUAAAUGAUAGUGAAGUUCACAAAGAAGUACAAGAGAAACCAGGGAAGUGUAAAUACCCUCUUCUUCCUCCUUGUGCAGCAUUUGUUGAGAUUAUGGCUCCUGUGUUUUCGCGAGAUGCGUGGCGUUGUGUGUGGUACAUGAUUCAGAAUGAAUUUGUUCAUGGUUGGGGUCUUGAUUUUGCUUUUAGAAAAUGUGUUGAGCCUGCCCAUGAGAAGAUUGGAGUUGUUGAUGCUCAAUGGAUUGUUCACCAAGGUAUUCCAUCACUAGGGGAUCAGGGAGAAGCACAAACUGGGAAGACGGCAUGGCGUGCGGUUAAGGAGAGGUGUGGCAUGGAGUGGAGAAUGUUCCAAGGUAGAUUAACAAAUGCAGAAAGGGGAUAUUACAAGUCCAAGGGAAUUGAUUUUUCUAAUUUGCUUCUUCAUAACUAAGAGACAGUAAUUACUUUCAAGAGUAACUUAGAUUCCUAGAUAGAGCAUUAUAUAAAUUAACAUUCAAUGUGAAGAAAAAAUUACAUUGUAAUUCAGAAGAAAAAUAUCUAUCAAAAAAAUAAAAUGUAGUUCAAUCUGUUUUGCCAACUUAUUUCAUUGAUUGAUGUAUUAAUUAGGUUAACAAAGAAUACAUGUCCAAGUGUUUGGGGUGUACAUUAUUGUUUUUAACACUAUAGCUUAAAAUAGAGCUAAAAGAAAAUGAGGGAUAAGUUUUUCAUAAAAC